UCUGCCCGUCAGUAAUUGCGAAGGGGAGCGGUCAUUCUCUCUUCUGUCCAGGAUAAAAAAUGGGCCGAGGACGAAAAUGUCACAAAAACGCCUCAAGGCACUUUCUCUCAUGAUAAUUGAGAGCGACCUUACCAAUGCACUGGACUUUGAUGAUAUCGUGGAGGAUUUCGCACGGAACAGAGCCCGGAAAAAAUGCAUUUCAUAGGUGAAAUACUUUACUGUCAAUCAAGGGUGGACUGGCCAUCUGGCAUACCGGGCAUCGUCCCGGUGGGCCGUUGACCCAAUGUGGGCCGGUCCGGUCCGCUAUGUUUUCUUUUUUCCUCUUUCUCUAAAUUCCCACCAAUUGGGCCGGCCAAUUGAGCUCCUGCGUCACGUGACUUUUGGUUGUCGGACGCCAUUUUGGCAGUAAACAUGACGACCAGCGCCAGCAGCCUUCAAGAGUUCCUACCGAGCGAGUAUACGUGCCAUUUUAGUUUAGAUGAAAUUCGUUUUUAUACUGGAAAAUUACAUAGAUUAAAUAUAAGUGACCCAUAUAACGCUCCUGGGGUGCUUUUCAAGAGCAUAACAUCCAACGAAGAUUAUUUACCUGACUUGCGCUACGCUGACAUCCACAGCUAUCUGGUAAAUUUCCCCUCAGUCUACACUGGGGACUCCCUCAGAGCUUACAAAGGCUUGGAUGCUUAUAAAUGGUGUCAGUCCGGCUUUGUAACUCAACUUCGACUGUGGAGUCUUGCAUCCAAAGACUUCGGUAUCAUCACUGCAAGGGUUAAUCACUCCCAACGGCUGAAUGACAGUCAACUGAAGCCAUGGGUGGUGGUGAGGAACGACGGUGUAGUGAUGGGAGCCCACUGUAACUGCACAGCAGGACUUGGGGAGAGUUGUUCUCAUGUGUCAGCUGUGCUCUUCAGACUGUGGGAAAAAAACAAUGCAAGGCAUGAGGAGAUCAGCUGCACGUCCAAAAAAUGCAAGUGGACCUCUCCCAGUGAGGAUGCUGGGAAGAAUGUGGAGUACCAACAGGGAAAGGACAUCAUAUUCAACAGUAGUCAACAAAAUAAAAAGGGGAAUUCCACCAAGGGUACAUCUGCGCCCCCAUCUUUCCCACCCCUGACUGCUGCUGAGCAAGCGCAGUUCUACCAAAACCUCUCUCAGUGCCGGACUCAAGAUGGGAAGUCCUGCAGACCUGCUGUUCUGUCAGUUGUUCCCGGGUAUGCCACAACCUAUGUACCAAAGGCUGUCAAGCUUGAUUUACCUGAACCCCUUACCAGUUUGUACGACAAGAAGGCAAGAGACCUGAGCCUGGCUGAAUUACAAGAGAGUGCAGAAGGAAUAUUUGAUGACUUGACUGUCACUGAACAACAGAGUGAUAUUGUAGAGGAGGAGACGCAAGCCCAGUCCAAGUCCAGAAUUUGGUUUGAUCAGAGGAGUGGUAGGGUGACAGGAUCUACCUUCAGAGCAGCAACAAGAACAGACCCCAGAAAGCCAGCAGUGUCUCUCAUAAGACAGAUAUGUGACCCAAAGUCUCAUGUUUUCAGCAGUGAGGCUACCAGGUAUUCAUGAGCAUAGAGAAGUUGUGAGGUGAAUGAACAGAGAGGGUAAAUGCAGUAAGGGGGCAGGGAAGUAGUAAUGUGGGGGGCAUUACUAUUGUCCAAACCUAAUAUUUACAUUCUUUCUUCAGUUGGGGAUGCAAGAAUGAAGAACGAGCCAGAAAAUACUACGAAAUGCAACAUCGUCCAUCACACAGAGAUGUCCUGAUUAGACCAGCCGGAUUUAAAAUAUCAACUCUCCACCCAUUUAUUGGGGCCUCACCGGAUGGGUAUGUUUCCUGCAGCUGCUGUGGUACAGGGGUUAUAGAAAUUAAGUGUCCAUUUUCAGCAAAGGACCUUUCUAUCAGUGAAGCUGUACAGUCUGUUGGACACUUUUGCCUGGAACAAGAUUCCCAAGGAAAAAUUAAAGUUAAGCGAGACCAUGCAUACUUCCACCAAGUCCAGAUGCAGCUAUUUGUUACGAAAUGUGAUUACUGUGAUUUUAUUCUGUGGACGGAAAAAGAUGAUUCACUCUUUGUGGAACGCAUUACAUUCGACUCAGAAUUCUUCCAAAAAGAACUUGAACUUGCUCGUACCUUCUUUAUAAAAUGUAUAAUCCCAGAGUUGUUAGGCAAAUGGUUUUCUGCACCAAAACAAGCAACUGCAAACACCAAUCCCCAGCAACAGUGGUGCUACUGCCGCGCACCUGCGGCAGGGAACAUGCUUGUUUGUGCCUCAGGGUUCUGUGCCGUGGAGAAGUUCCACCAAACCUGCCUUCGGAUGAAAAGGGUACCGAAACAGUGGGUGUGUCCAAGCUGUAGGAAACUAAUCAAUGCCCAAAAAAAAAAAACUUAAUUACUUAGUCUUACUUAAUUACACAAUGUGUGAAUAUGAACUAGCUGAUGCAAUGUAAAUAUUUAAUUGGUUAAUAAAAACUUUUAAGCCAAUGUUGUUCUCUUCUGUGUCUGACUGUCUGUAGUAGUAUCUGUAGCGAUCAUAAAACAUGGAUAGAUCAUUCAAAUCUAGUGAGUGAGAAAAGUAGUCACAACAAACAAGUGAGAAGCAAUCAAAAAGGUUUAUUUUCUGUUGGCACACAAAUUCAUCACUCAAAGGGCACCACAGAAUCUGGUACAUUUGUUAGUCCACAACAUACACUCACAAUUUUAUCAAGAUAAGUAACAUCAUUUUCUGUCUCUAUAUCUGUGAAAGUUAUUGGCACAGUGUUUUGUAAGAUAGUAUAUUUCUGACGAAGUACUCCUAUGACUCUUUCAAUGUGAAUUCUUAAAGAGGCUAGAGAUCUUGUAUUCUCUAUGUCAACAGGAUCUAACUGUACUUUCCCACGAGUAAAUGCUGGAAUUUUUUAUUCAGCCUGACACCUUUCAACAGACUCUUUCACCAGAAACCCCCUGUCUGCCAAAACAACAUCUCCUGGGAGAAUAUUGGGUAAAAAAUUACUGUGUUCUGUAAUGAACUUAUCACUGGUGCGACCUCCCCAUCCAGUAGAAAUGAAAGAAAUUGUACCUUGAGGGCAAAUGGCAAUUAAAUAUUUCAUGGUGUGAUGUGAUUUGUAUUUUGAGUAACACUGUGCACUGGAUCGCAAUCUACUUGGUUUUAUUUCAAAACAAUCUAUGAUACAAACAGUCUUCUCGUAGCCACCAUUUCUAAAUACAUAUGGAAGAGAUCAGUGGCGAUCCUAGGUCCAGUUAC